UUCAGUUUUCUGGAUAUUCAGUUUAUUUUGAGCUAAAUUUUGGUGAAAAGUUGACUGUGGAGAGACAGACAGGUAGAGAGACAGACAGGUAGAGAGAGACAGUCAGGUGAACAGUUGGAAGUUUAGACUUGACACAGACAGGUUUACAGAGACAUGAUUAGAAGGAGACACAGCCGUUCAGACAGACAGGUAGCGUGGUGUUUUCAGUGUCAGUGGGAGGAACCUGUCUCUCAGUCUCUGCUGGAGGAGGAGAUUCAUUUACACUCAACAUCACUGCAGAACAAGCAGAGGACGGAGAGAGGAGGAGGAGGAGGAGGAGGAGCAGGGGGAGAGAGGUUCAUACAGACAGAGAGAGAGAAGGAGGAGGGGGAAAGCAGAGCGCGGAGACGACAGGAGGAGACGAUGAGAGGAGGACGGAUUUAAAGAGGAGGAAACAUCGGAGCAGGAGCAAGACGAUGAAUAUGAGGAGAAAAGAAGAGAAACAUGAAGCAGUCGCAACUCCAACGGAAGUUGGUGACUAAGUCCCGGUGAAGUGGCGGUGGGCAGGGCUUAGCCCACUGAGCCACAGCCUGACUGGUGGGGGGUGAUGAUCGCGACCGGUGGCCUCCUGCGGAUCAACGCACGGCGUCAGGACUCACUGAGGUCCAAAACACACAAAGCACACACACACAAGAGGAAGAACAAGAAGAAGAGGAGGAACGAGGUGGUGGUGGUGAAGGGGAAGUUGAAGCUGUUUUCAGUCUCAGGCCUCGUGGCGGCACUCGGCAUCCUGGUCCUGCUGGUGGGUGUGGUCAUGGCAGCUCUGGGCUACUGGCCUCGUGACGGACUGUUCUUCAGUGCUCAUCCACAGGAGGGCGCCGCAAUGGCCUCUGUGUCCUCCAGCAGCGCCGCACCUGCACCUGCAUCUGCACCUGCACCUGCUGAUGCUCAGGGCGAAGUGAUGGGGGAGGAACUUCAAGGAGAUGAAGGCAACAACAGAGGGAGAGGAGAAGAAGGAGAUGGAGGAGGUCGUGAUGAUGGUUUCAACCGGACAGAGACCAUCAAUGGGACGACCCGACAGCUUCCACGAGGCUUUCUGGAGGAUUUUCUGGAAAGGUAUCUGUACUCUGAUAGGCUGAAAGUCUUCGGUCCUCUCAUCAUGGGCAUUGGGAUUUUCCUCUUCAUCUGUGCAAACGCCGUCCUGCACGAGAACCGGGACAAAAAGACCAAAGUCAUCAACCUGCGGGACAUUUACUCCACCGUCAUCGACCUCCACAGCCUCCGCAAACCCAACACUUCCUCUGCCCGCCGCUCCUCAGCCAAUCCCCUCAAUGGCCUUGUUAACUACGUCCAAUCAAAGAGCCUGGAGGCCAAACCCAGGGCGUACCCCGCCUCACUGCUGAACAGGAGGGAGGCAGGGGGAGGAGGAGAGGGAGGAGGUGGGCCGUUGUCCAGGCAAUCCUUGCCCAGCAGCAGCAGAGGAGGAGGAGGAGGAGGAGGAGGAGGUGGGGGCAGUGAUGGAGAAGGAGGAGACACAGUGUUCAGUAUCUACCAGGAGCAGCCAGACACUCCUCCUCCCCCCUCCUCCUCCCACAGACUCUCCCUUCCCCCCAGCUUCAGCCCCCCCCACCUCUCCACCUGCUGGACCUCCCUGCAGAAGGAGGCGCUCAGCUCCUUCACCUUACCCCGUCCCCACCCGCGGCCCUCCACACCCCGCAGGAGGCAUUCAGCUCGGGCGGGGACGGGACGGGGCAGGGUGGGGGGCACAGGAGGAGAAGAUGAGUGGAGGAGGGAGGGGGGAGGCCACAGACAAGAGGAGGAGAAGGUGUAUGCAUGUCCACCUCCUCCUCUGUCUUCCUCCACCCCACCCCCGUCAGCAGCUUCCUGUAGCUCCUCCAGUCUCCACAGGGAGGCACCAGGAGGCUCUCAGGCCCUGCUCCUCCUCUCCUCCUCUUCCCUCACCCCCUCCCACCUGUCGCUGUCCUCCCUGUCCCACCUCCUUUCCUCCACCUCCUCCACACCGGCCCCUUCUUGCAGGAGGCGGAGCCUGCCGACAGGCAGCAGUGCGACAGGUUACAGUAAACUGACACACGGAGAGGACGAAUCCUUUGAGUCAACUGAGAUGACAUCAUCAUAUCAUGUGACAUCACAGGGUGGGGGUGAAAGGUCAGAGGAAGUGACAUCACACAGGAAGUAUUCUAACAGGGAGAAGCUGAGGAUGAUCUCACAGGUGGACUCUGGGCUGAGGCAGGAAGAGGAGGGCUGAGGAGACGGGACGACCAAUCAGGAGGUGACGCCGUGAUUGACAGCACAAGUCAUGUGACUUUUUAAUGACAGCAACAUCACAUCAAGAAGCAUUCAUGUUGGUUCUGAAACUGAUGACAGCGUUCAUGUCGUAGCAAUAAGGAGUCUUCCAGAUGAACGAAUGAAUGAAUGACAGCACAACAUUAUUCAUCAGCUCGUUAACUGACUGCCUGCUUAUCAAAUGUUUUUAUACUGAAUCUUCAUGCGCUGAUGUGUCCUUCAAGUUUUGUGUAAUGUAUUAAUGUGGCAGUUUCCAGACUGGGGAUGGGGCCACCUGGAGGAUGAGGACGGGGACGGGGACGGGGGACACAGAGGACACAGAGGACAGAAAAGUUUGGGAAGCACUGUUUUAAAAAUGUGUCCUUGAUUGAUUCUUGAUUGUUCUGUACCUUUAACUUUUUGACAUCCACUCUGUUUUAAACAGUUAAUCUCGUUGGGAUCAGGAGAGACCUGUGUACGAGAAUAAAUACAGAUUAAGUUUGAUGGACAGACAAAAAAAUUUGCCCAUACAACUCAUCAAGUCAGAUUAUAGUUUCAAAGGGUUUUUUGGACAGUAGAUUUGAAAUAGACAAAGUAAUAAUAUUAAUAACUGUAUUGUUUGUGUAUAUGGUGAAGAAAAGAGCACCAAGUCAAAAAUCAGGACUUAUUUUAAUUUCGCCAGACCAUCCCCCAAACAGAGUGGCUGUUAAUGGGUUAAAUGACUUAAUUUAUUUUCUUGAGUUUAUCAUUUGUUGCCUCAAAUGAGUUAACUGUGACUCUGAAAUACUUAACAUCAUUAAAUCAGUUAAAUAUAAAUGUUCGGCCAAACUCCCAUUUUCACCAGCAUGAAACUGUUCAAACUAAAUACAAAUAUAAUCAGAGGUUUUAAACUCUGACUGGGUUGUUGUUGCCAUUGAUGACCCACAAUGAUGAAACAUCAGCAGUUUGUGCUGUUGUGUGACUGAUUUUAAAGUUGUAGCUACACAACGUCUUCCACUGAAAACUGAACCUGCUUCAACUAAACAGCACAAUACCCGCUGAUGACUUUUCCUGAAAAGUUUUCAGUGUCCGCUUCCUCUGAGUGCAUCUGCUCUGUUUGGCUGAUUUCAACUGAAACAUUUUCAUCAAUAAAAAAAAAAUAAAGGACGUUAAGUUGUGAAAUAUUUAUCUUGUCACUCACUGACCGCUCCCGAUUUGGUCCAGAAUUCUCUG